AUGGAUAAAGUCGUGGGAUACGUGCGACCGACGGUGCGAAAUAGGUAUCGGAUGAGCGAGGCUGAGGUGGUCGAACGGCGCCGGCGUGAGGCCAUCGAAAACGCCGGCGCCGACGAGACGCCGAGCAUCUUCAGGACGCCCAGCGUCGAAAAGUGCGAUGUGUGUGAUUCUGUUCGAGAGUUUGACCAAGAUGUGCUCGUGCAGUGCGAUGAGUGCAUGAUUUUGGUUCACAUGGGUUGCUACGGCGUCACGACUGCGCCGACGGGCGGGCGUUGGCUGUGUCGAGCGUGCGAACUCGGCUUGCGCACGCCGCCGCGGUGCGCGCUGUGUCCGAACGUGGGUGGUGCGAUGAAACCAACGUUGUGUGGGAGGUGGUGCCACGUCGUAUGCGCGUUGUGGGCGGAAUGCACGUUCGCGCAUCCUGAUGGCGUCGCGGAGCCCAUCGAAGGCGUCAACAUGGUUCCAGCGGAGAGUUUGAAAGCAACGUGCGCGGUGUGCGAGCAAAGUUACGGCGCGUGCGCGCAGUGCAUGGGUACGAAAAAGUGUCAAAAAGCGUUUCACGUGUACUGCGCGAGAGACGCGGAGUGUGGAUACAUCGCGCACUCGCGCACGGUGGCGCAGCUGAAACAGGCGGGCAUUCGCAAAUUCAUCGUGGGUUACGAACAGCCUCUGCGAAACACCGACACACUUUUGUUUCCGAGUUGUCCCGCGUGCGCAAACUGGCGAGGUCGCAAGCGCAAACGGCGCGCGUCGACACCGAAGAAGCGAACUCAGACACCGAAGACAAGGCCAACUGUGGAUUCGCGCGAAGUCGAAGACAAAGACGAAGACGCGAAACCACUCCAGUGCGCCAAGUUUGACCCUUUAGGCGCGUACGCUCGCGCGUUGACGGUGUCGCCAAAGGAUUCGAUACCAUAUCUCGUCACGGGCGCGCGAACGAGUCGCUUGGAAUCGUUCAGUCUUCGAGCCGUCGCACUUGCCGAUCCGCCGCGAAAUCUGAACGAGCGUUUCGAGCGCAUGAAGGCGACGAUUUCAGAUCGCUUGACGCUGGGGAAAUCGUAUAUUCACGGCUAUGGUUUAUUCGCAAAACGCGCGCACGCGCGAGGCGAGAUGAUCAUCGAUUACGUCGGCGAAAUCGUGCGUCCAGUCGUUGCCGAUAUUCGCGAGCGCGACGUGUACGACACCUGUUUCGGCAACGGGACGUACAUCUUCGCGCUAGGCGGCGACGAUCAACCCGUGCGCUUAGACGCCACGUGUGCAGGAAAUCUCGCAAACUUGGCCAACCAUUCGUGCGCACCGAACGCGCAUUCGAGACAAGUGUACGCCGCGAACGACAACCACAUUUGCUUAUUCGCGUCGCGAAACAUCCAGCCCGGCGAGGAAAUUUUGUACGAGUAUAGACUCGGCGCCGAUCAGACGUUACGAUGCAACUGCGGCGCCGCAAACUGUCGCGGCGUCGUCAACUUUACCGCCGAGCACCCGGCGUAG